AGACUAGCUACCUUCUAUAUACCAAAUCAAACUGAUAAUAUCUGAACAGACAAUAUGCUGAGUCAAUUACUGACAUCAGUUUUAUGUUUCCAUUUAGCUGCAGGAUUCUACACUUUGGGGCCUGAGAUUAUCAAGAAUGGUGGGUUUGAAAGUGAACUGAAAGGCGGAGAAUGGUACAAGUUUGGCUGCUCUAUAACUCGUACAAAUGCCAAAUACACAGGAGCAUAUGCUGGAAGAGCCUAUGAUAGAAAGCAGACUUGGGCUGGAAUAUCACAAGAUGUGGCCCUAAAGCCAAACUCUAACUACUUCCUGGAAACGUAUAUAACUCAUACCAACAAUAUUGCUGGUCAACUGUGGUCUCCAACAUAUGCAAAACUAACUAUAAAGUACAAAGAUGGAUCAUCACAAAUGCGAAACUUUGGAGCUCUAGGGCAGAUGAGACAGAGUCUAUCAUGGCAGAAGAUUGGAGGAGAUGUGCAAAUCCCUAAUAGAAAGGAUAUCAUGGGCUAUAAGUUGAGCUUCACUGUGGCAGACAAAGGCAUUAACUACAACAUUGACAGCGUAUCACUGAGAGAAAUCAUAGAAGACAAGAACUAUACAGUCAGAGUUAACAGUGGAAUCUACAAGUACAGGAAGAGUAAUCUGAAUAUCAGAGUAUCCAUGCCAAACUGGAAGACUUCAAACUGCACAGUGCAGCUUCAACAAAAGGAUCAAGAGUUUGCUUUUGGUUCAGCAGUGAAUGCCAAGUAUAUUGGAGGAAAUGAUCCAAAAUAUCAGAAAUAUAGAGAUUUCUUCUAUGAUAACUUCAAAUGGGCAACCAUUGAAAAUGCUAUGAAGUGGAAACAGAUGGAGAAGUUUGGGGGCUGGAUAGUUGACAAUGAAACACCUGACAAGGCUGUGAAUGCAAUGAGAGCAAAAGGCAUCAAGGUCAGAGGUCAUGCAGUAACGUGGGGGGUAGAGAAGAGGGUUCCUGAUUGGCUGUUCCCCAUGACAGGUCAGCAGGUCAGGUCAGAGGUCACUAGAAGAAUCAACUCAGUUGUUGACAGAUUCAGGGGAAGGUUGGAGCACUGGGAUGUAAACAAUGAAGACCUCCAUGGUAGUUUCUUCCAAACAAAGACAAAAGACCCCAACUAUUUGGCUACUAUAUUCAGGGAGACAAGAGAUGUCGACAAAAAUGUGAAGCUAUUUAUUAAUGACUUUAAUGUGGUGUCAAAGUCAGAAAUAACAUUUGCAGUAGCCAAUCAAGCAAGGUGGUUGAAAUCACAGGGAUUUGACGUGAACAUAGGUAUUCAAUGUCACUUCAAAGAAGUUCUGAGCCCAGGUGUCAUCAAGAGGAGGCUUGACACGCUGGCAGAGACAGGUGCUGACAUUUGGGUAACGGAAUUGGAUAUAGACCAACCAGAUGUCAAGCUAAGAGCUGUGCAAUACGAGCAACUGAUGAAGAUUUUCUUCUCCCACCCUGCUGUUAGAGGAAUCAUCUUGUGGGGCUUCUGGGACAAGGCUCACUGGAUACCUAAUGGGUCCCUAGUGGAUGGACCUAACUUUGAGGUCAAUGCUGCUGGAAAGGUAUGGCAAAGACUAGUAAAAGAAGAAUGGAAAACAAGACGCACAUUGUUCAUGACUACACCCAAACGAGAGCUUAAGUUACGGGCAUUUCAUGGAGAUUAUGACCUCAUCAUUAAACAGAAGGGUCGUGUGAUUAAGCGCCAAUCGUUUUCAUUGCCAAAAGGUACAAGCAACAAAAUAGUCGAUGUUGUUGUAUAAAACAUACACUUGGGUAUAUAUACAAAGAUAUAAAGAAG